AUGAAUUUGGCUAAUUUUUCAAACAAUGUUAAUUCUCUAUUUCACAACGAGGCAUAUCUUUUUGUUUUUUCUUUACUCUUGCGAUUCAAUCCUAUCCACAAGAAAGUUCCUCUACUUUUGCACAAUGGAAAAUCCAUUUGUGAAUCACUUGUAAUCCUUGAAUACAUGGAUCAGAUUUGGAAACAGUUUCCAUUGUUGCCUCAAGAUCCUUUAGAGCGUGCUAAUGCUAGAUUUUGGGCUAAAUUUGGUGAUGAUAAGAUUUUACCUUCAAUUUAUUAUGGCACCUUCUUAAAACAAGGAAAAGAGCAAGAAGAAGGAAUAGCUUCAACAAUGGAGAAUUUGAAUUUUGUAGAACAAGAGCUAGGAGGAAAAAAAUUCUUUGGAGGAGACAAAAUUGGACUAGCGGACAUUACAUUGGGUUGGCUUGCUCAUUAUGUGAGUGUAUUUGAGGAAAUACUUGGUCUAACAAUUAUAGAUCAACAAAAAUCUCCAUUUUUAUUUAAAUGGAUACAAGAAUUUGCAAGUACCCCAAUUAUUCAAGAGAGUUGGCCACCGAGAGACAAACUUGUAGCCAAAUUUGUUGCCGCUAGAAAGUCUAGUUUUGGAGAAUAAAAGAGCAAGUUAUUCUAAAACCCCGUACAUUUGUCAUAAUUUAUACUUUGGUCUUUGUUAUUUGAAAAUUAUAUGAUUUGAUCUUUCACUUU